GCCGCAACCGCAGCGACCGGAGCCACGCUGGCUCAAGUGCGAGUGAGGGCGACAGCUCCGGCUCCGAGGACGAGGAGGAGAACGACGUGGAAGAGGGGGAGACCGGUCGUCUUUCUCGGAUGCUGAUGCACGUCGCACCACGUGAAGUGGUGCACAUGAGGGAGUCCUUCGUUUACAUGGUUGCUGGCCUGAAGUCUUUUGCUCGCUACAUGGACCCGGAAAUCAUGCGCAUCGUCGUUCAGAGCAAGCGCCAGGCCCAGCUGGGGAUGGGAAAGGCGCCAGUGACCAUUUUCUUCAGCUCCUCGGAACUUGGAGGGGCGGAUGGAGGGGCUGGGAUGGCGCUUUGUUCGUGUUGGGGAGCAGAGUCUACUAGUCGGGUUACUUUAGGUAUGUCGCCAUAUUAUAUAUCUCUUUCAGCCAUUCAGCUGCCAAGCCUGCAAGACCGCGAGCUCAUGACGAGGUGA